UCAAAACAGCCAUUGUCGUUCUUUCUUCUUCUGAUUCAAAUAAAGAGAAAGCUAGAGAGAGAAGAGAGAGAGAGAGAGCUCAAAAGAGAGAGGAGAGAGAUAAGUAAGUAGCUCAAGCAGAGAUUAACAAUAAUAAUAAAUAAUAGCACGGCCACGUCGCCGCCGCUUUCCGUUGCCGGAGAAAUCAUUCUCUGUUUUCUUUCCUUAACAAAUAAAAAUAAAAACCGUCUCUUUCUUUCUUUGUUCCUUUCUUUGUCUGUCUCCUUUUUUUGUUUCUUUGAUUAUAUUCUCUCUGUACACAUGUUCUGCAACAGUUGAGCAGUUGCAUGCCCAUAACUUUCUUCUCAUUUCCCGAUCUUCGCAUUAAUCACAGUCCUUGGGGGAUCUCGAUUCGAGCUGCUAAGGAAACGAAACCAGCUUAAAGAAGAAGAUCUAUUGUUAAGGCUGAAACGACACCAACUCCUGUCGUUUUAGUUAUAGCUCGAGAUCUGUGUUUCCGUCUUGGCUUCUGAGCUUUUGGCGGUGGUGGGUUUUUCUGGAAUAAACCAAACCAAAAUCAAAGUUGUGGGUUUUUUCUUUUUAAUGGGAGUUAUCUGUGGGAUUACUGGAUAAUUAUCAAGUGAUGAAGGAGUUGAAGAUUCGGAGAAGCGGCUUUGAAGUCGGCGAGACGAAGAUUGCGAGCUUAUUUGGCUGAAAAUUCGGAUUUGGUUUUUUUUUUUUAAAUUCAUUUCUGUGAGGAGGAGAGGAAGAAAUCUGGUUUUUUUUUUUCUAUUUAGGGUUUUUGGAUUUGUGAAAAGAUUUGGUUGGUGAAUGGGUGGGAGGUGGAGGGAAACAGUUAAAAAAGUUAUGCUUUGGUGUCUACUCGUCAUUAUUACAUUUGGGCAUCUUGAAAUCUUGGAUCUUUGAAGAAACAAAGUUGGAAAAUUUUCUGUUCUUGUUUGCUUUUAAGAGAAAAAAAAAAAUGAGAUUGUCUUCAGCUGCGUUUAGUCCUCAACCUCAUGAAGUUACAGGAGAGAAAAGAGUUCUUAAUUCUGAGCUCUGGCAUGCUUGUGCUGGUCCUCUUGUCUCGUUACCUCCUGUUGGAAGCAGAGUUGUGUAUUUCCCUCAAGGUCACAGUGAACAGGUCGCUGCUUCGACCAACAAAGAAGUAGAUGCUCAUAUACCGAACUAUCCCAGCUUGCAUCCCCAGCUUAUCUGUCAGCUUCACAAUGUCACAAUGCAUGCUGAUGUGGAGACUGACGAAGUCUAUGCACAGAUGACUUUGCAACCGUUGAAUGCGCAAGAGCAAAAAGAUCCUUACCUUCCUGCUGAAUUAGGUGUCCCGAGUAGGCAGCCUACAAACUAUUUCUGUAAAACUCUGACUGCUAGUGAUACCAGCACUCAUGGAGGUUUCUCUGUACCUCGCCGUGCUGCUGAGAAAGUUUUUCCUCCCUUGGAUUACUCUCAGCAGCCUCCAGCUCAAGAGUUGAUGGCGAGGGAUCUGCACGAUAACGAGUGGAAGUUCCGACAUAUUUUCCGAGGCCAACCCAAGAGACACCUCCUUACUACAGGUUGGAGCGUCUUUGUGAGUGCUAAAAGGCUGGUUGCUGGUGACUCCGUGCUUUUCAUCUGGAACGAUAAGAAUCAGUUACUUCUUGGUAUAAGACGAGCCAACCGGCCACAAACUGUCAUGCCUUCAUCUGUUUUGUCAAGUGACAGUAUGCAUUUAGGCCUUCUCGCUGCUGCAGCUCAUGCAGCCGCCACAAACAGCCGAUUCACCAUCUUCUUUAAUCCGAGGGCGAGUCCAUCAGAGUUUGUAAUACCCCUGGCUAAGUACGUGAAAGCUGUUUAUCACACUCGUGUCUCUGUUGGCAUGCGGUUUAGGAUGCUGUUUGAAACCGAAGAAUCAAGUGUUCGUCGGUACAUGGGAACAAUAACUGGCAUAUGUGAUCUAGAUCCUGCUCGUUGGGCUAAUUCUCACUGGCGGUCCGUCAAGGUUGGAUGGGACGAGUCUACUGCAGGAGAGAGGCAACCAAGGGUUUCCUUGUGGGAGAUUGAGCCUUUAACAACAUUCCCAAUGUAUCCUUCUCCUUUUCCUCUCAGGCUUAAACGUCCGUGGCCUCCAGGUCUCCCAUCUUUCCACGGUCUUAAAGAAGAUGAUAUGGGUAUGGGUAUGAGUUCACCGCUUAUGUGGGAUCGAGGACUUCAAUCUCUAAACUUUCAAGGUAUGGGAGUAAACCCGUGGAUGCAGCCGAGGCUUGAUGCUUCGGGCUUGCUUGGUAUGCAGAACGACGUUUAUCAAGCAAUGGCUGCAGCUGCUCUUCAAGACAUGAGAGGCAUUGAUCCAGCAAAAGCUGCUGCUUCACUUCUUCAGUUCCAAAACCCCUCGGGAUUCUCGAUGCAGUCUCCGUCCUUGGUGCAGCCACAGAUGCUACAACAGCAACUCUCUCAGCAGCAGCAGCAACAACAGCAACAGGCGUAUCUUGGCGUUCCUGAAACCCACCAGUCUCAGUCUCAGUCUCAGUCAAACAAUCUUCUCUCUCAGCAGCAGCAGCAACAGCAGCAGCAAGCAGUGGAUAAUCAUAAUCCGUCUGCGUCAGGUGCUGCUGUUGUUUCCGCUAUGUCUCAGUUUGGUUCUGCUUCUCAAUCCAACACGUCGCCACUCCAGUCAAUGACUUCUCUGUGUCAUCAACAAAGCUUCUCAGACACCAACGGAGGAAACAAUCCUAUCUCUCCUCUCCACAGUCUCCUCAGUAACUUCUCUCAAGACGAGUCUUCUCAACUGCUCAACCUCACUAGAACAAACUCUGCAAUGACUUCUUCCGGUUGGCCUUCAAAGCGUCCUGCAGUUGAUUCCACGUUCCAGCACUCUGGAGCUGGUAACAACAACACUCAAUCCGUGAUGGAGCAGUUGGGACAGUCCCACACAAGCAACGUUCCUCCAAAUGCUGUAUCGUUGCCUCCAUUCCCCGGUGGUGGUAGAGAGUGCUCAAUCGAGCAAGAAGGAAGCGCCUCAGACCCGCAUAGCCAUCUUCUGUUUGGAGUCAACAUAGACUCAUCUUCCCUUUUGAUGCCCAAUGGAAUGUCAAACCUUAGAAGCAUUGGCAUUGAAGGUGGCGACUCCACGACUCUACCUUUCACAUCAUCUACUUUCAACAACGAUUUCUCGGGCAAUCUUGCAAUGACAACACCCUCUAGUUGCAUAGACGAGUCGGGUUUUCUUCAAUCCUCAGAAAACCUCGGUUCUGAGAACCAACAAUCUAAUACCUUUGUGAAGGUGUACAAGUCAGGGUCUUUUGGACGUUCUUUAGAUAUAACGAAGUUUAGCAGCUACCACGAGCUGCGAAGCGAGCUUGCUCGCAUGUUUGGCCUAGAAGGCCAAUUAGAAGACCCUGUGAGAUCAGGCUGGCAGCUUGUAUUUGUUGACCGAGAGAACGAUGUUCUUCUCCUCGGCGAUGACCCUUGGCCGGAGUUUGUGAGCAGUGUGUGGUGCAUCAAGAUACUAUCACCACAAGAAGUGCAGCAAAUGGGUAAAAGAGGCCUUGAGCUUCUCAAUUCCGCUCCAUCCUCCAACAAUGUCGAUAAGCUCCCGAGCAACAAUGGGAACUGCGAUGACUUUGGGAACCGGUCAGACCCGAGGAAUCUCGGUAACGGUAUCGCAUCCGUAGGGGGUUCGUUUAACUACUAGAUAAGUAGAAACCAAACCCCUUUUUUUUUCUUACAAUGAAGUUAAGUGUCAUCAUCUUAUAAAAAUUUAGUAUUGAUCAUAUUAGUUUAAUUACUAGCAAAAAUCUCUCUUUAUUACUUAUAUAAAAAUAGGGAGCUUUGCGUUGGCCUUUGUGGAAACAAGAACUAUAUAAUAGCUGCGUCUUUUCUCUCUGUCGUUAUAAUACUGUAAUUAUAAGAUCCUUUUCUUAUAUGAAUUUUUUUUUUUA